AUGAACCCUGUUACUCCUAGCUGUGGCAUAUUGGCGGGCACGGAUCUUGACGAUUCGCAUGAUGUCGGUCUUCUACCCAGGGGCACCUUCGACACCCACGUACAUGUCUUUGACCCAAGACUGGGCCCAUACGCAGCGCGCCGAGCAUACACCCCCGGCGACGCACCCUUGAGCGAACUUCUUUCCUUCAGCAGGAGUUUGUCCGCUGACAAUGAAUCGAGCACCCUUGUUUUGGUCCAGCCUUCCCCCUACAAGACAGAUUGUACGGUGAUGCUGAAGUCUCUGGGUGACCUAGCUAAGCAGGGGAAAAUGGCCCGAGGGAUUGCCGUUAUCGACGUCAACACUGUGACUGACCAGAUGCUGGAAGAGAUGCAUGGCCUCGGCGUCCGAGGUAUCAGACUGAACUUUCAGGCGGAUGAUAAAGGCAUCCAUAUACCGAGCCUGAUCGCGAUUCUGAACGAAUCGGCACGACGCAUUCAGCAUCUACCUGGUUGGAAAAUCCAGAUGUUUGUGCCUGGUUGGACAUGGGACGCAUUGCAUGAGCCUAUCCUUGCUCUUCCCGUCCCCGUGGUCGCUGAUCAUUUGGGGGGAAUGUCCGCGUCAUCGAAACUGCCAGAGGCACUCAAAUCAACACCAUUGGAGCAGCCGGGACUGAAGUCUCUCGUUUCUCUUGCUCAGGCUUCCCGCGUUGUGAUCAAAGUGUCUGGACUUUACAGGAUGUCUAACGACAAUUCCACAAACCUCGCAGACACACGGCCAAUUAUCGAACACUUCGCUCAUGAGGCUCCUAACCAGCUUAUUUGGGGCAGUGACUGGCCGCAUACCGGAGACGGCCACAAUCGAACGGCCAGCACUGUUCUCAUCAAGGAACCAUUUAGAUUGAUUGAUGAUCGUGGGAUAUUGGCGAACAUGCACGAUUGGGUCGACGAUGAAGUUUGGGACAAGAUGUUGAGACAAAACCCAAAGCGCCUUUUUCAUUAG